AUGCUGCGUUCCAACUGCAUCUGUUGCCCAAGCCAGCAGCCCAAGUCGCAGCCCAAGCCAGCAGCUCAAGUCGCAGCCCAAGUAUUCUUUUACCUGACGUUGCCACUCACGUACUUAUCGCAACGUCAGAACUACUGGACGCCGGUGGACUCGCAUGUCCUGCUGGAAGCAGCGUCCACAGCUUUUGUGCCUCAUGUUGACGCUCCAGUAGCUUGUGGGGCUGGUGCAGUUGUCAAUCGAUGUGAUGAGUACGCAUGCCCUACGAACCAGUACAAGAGACACCACAUCCAGCAGCUUCAACUGCCGACAGUUGACCACUUAUAUCCGUCACUUGAGGCAUUAACAGCAGCCGUUGCGUUUAUCCAGAUGCAGAAACAACGGGAGUCAGGACGUACGUUCACUGCAAAGGAGGCACGGGACGCAGUGUGGCGAUGGAGUGCUGCCAAGGAGAAGGAAAAAAAAGAUCCGGAUGCUGUCAAUCAGAAACCUCGCGUUGAGAACGUCAAUGCGUUGCUGGAUAUCCACAUGGACCGAACUUCGAACGAAAAUUGUCGCUGA